GCCUGUUUCUGUGUGAACAAGAUGUCACAGUAUAAACUAACUUACUUCAAUUUGCGAGGACGAGCGGAGCCCAUUCGUAUGAUUCUCAUUGUCUCCGGCACGCCGUUCGAAGACUGUCGGAUUGAAGUUUCCGACUGGCCAUCUAAGAAAUCCACUAUUCCUGGAGGAAAACUACCCAUUCUGGAAGUGACAACACCUUGCGGAAAGAAGACGAUGAUGACUGAGAGCAUGGCGACUGCUCGGUACUUGGCUAAGCAGCACAAUUUGAUGGGGGAGACAGAUGAAGACUACUAUAAAAUCGAAAAGACAAUUGGAGAGUGCAGUGAUCUUCACGAUUUGGCCUACAAAAUCGCCCGGGCACCGGAUGCAGAAAAGCCCAAAUUGAUUGAAGAACUCAAAAAACCUGAGAACGCUCCACGCCUUCUGAAUCUCAUGUCGGAGACACUGAAAUCAAACCCCUCCGAGUUGGUAGCAGGUGGAAAAGUUUCGCUGGGAGACAUCGCACUUUUGUGCACACUUGAUCAGGUUGAAGCCGUUUAUCCAGGAUUUCUCAAGGAAAAUUAUGCAAUAUUUGUUGCUCACCGAGAACGUGUUUUGGCACUGCAACCAAAACUCGCGGAGCAUAUAAAAACCAGGCCGAAGACAAUCGUGUGAUACUCGAUUUUUGGCACGGAAAGCCAGUUCCAAGUUGUUUCUUGAAAGUUGCGAAUUUGUUUGCUUUUAUUCUAUACUUUGUAACAGAAAAUAUCUGAUAUUUAUUUGAUAUAUGCAUGGAUGGUAUAUAAACCACGAUUUUUCUCCAACACAUGAAGGGACAACGGAAUAGACCAAGAAAAGUUGCUAUG